AUUUAAAGAGCAACAGGGUCCUUUCAGCACCACACCGCUGUCCAUCCGCCAAGCAACCAGUUCAGAACGAGACUACGCGCUGACUGAAAAAGUUUACCAAGAAGUACUGAGCAGCACGUUUGCAAAGAUGCCGAGGUCCUUUCUUGUGGAUUCCUUGAUUUUGAGGGAGGCAAAUGAUAAAGGGAGGGAAAACAAUCCACCUUUAUUUCCUUACGCUAUGCACCCGUCCCACCCACUCCAUGGGUUGUCCUCGGGCUCUUGCCACUCACGGAAGGCUGGCUUGCUGUGCUUCUGUCCGCUAUGCGUAUCCCAGCUACACCCGUCUCCACCAACCUUGCCACUCCUCAAGGCAUCCUUCCCUACCUUCGGCUCCCAGUACUGCCAUUCAGCACUAUCGAGGCAACACACGUCCUCCACUGGCGUCAACCUCAACCAUGGUCCGGGGAUAUAUCAAGCAACCUAUUCGGUUCCAGACCCACGCCAGUUCCACUGCAUCUCCAUCGAAAACAACAACAGCCAACUUCAGAGCAGCAAGCGCAUGCGCACAGCUUUCACCAGCACACAACUUUUGGAGUUGGAGAGAGAGUUCACUUCCAACAUGUACCUCUCAAGACUUCGGCGCAUUGAGAUCGCCACAUAUCUAAACCUGUCAGAGAAGCAGGUCAAGAUCUGGUUCCAGAACCGCAGAGUCAAACACAAGAAGGAGGGGAAGAGCGGCGCGCACAGAACCGGCUCCCACAGUUGCAAGUGCUCAUCCAUGUCAUCUGCACGGUGCUCGGAGGAGGAAGACGAUAUGCCUAUGUCUCCCUCCUCAUCAGGGAAAGAGGAUGAUGGAGAGCUGUCGGUCUCCCCCUGAACUUCCUCUGAUCCUCAACAGAGACAAUUGGUCCUCAUUGCACCUGUGGAAUUCUGAAUGCAACCAAAAAGUCGACUGUUCUUAUCGUGUUCAGUCACCUGUAUAUAGGAAGAGAACAAAAUAUAUAAAAAGGGAAUUCCCCUGGAAUGUUGUAUAAUUGUAUACAUGUUGUACGUUUGGUAUGUCUUUUUUUUUCUAAAAACGGUCUAUUUGCUGUUGCCAAUCCAAAUGGAUGCUAUUACAACCAGACAGUUGGAUAUUUGUAUUAUGAUAUAGACCUACCCAAAUAAAUAGCAACAUUUGUUAGUAUUAUUUUUGGGAAACAAUAGCUGUAUUUUGUAUAAUAGUGAACACUGGCUUAAGCACAUCUAUUUGGAUGGAAAUGUGACGGAGAUAUGGAAUGUGUGCGGGACGGAAAAUGUUUUGCCUCACAAUGUCACAUCACUGAGAUCAAAUUGUUAUUAUACCUUCAGUGUAUUUGAAAAUAUGUAUUUAUUUAAAAAUGUUAAUACUUAAAUAAAGAAUAUUUCUUAGUGUUAUA